AGUUUACGAGGGCAGAGGGCAGUUUUUGAAUUUUUGAUACGGAACUCUUAAUAUAUAAUCGUGAAUUUGUAUCGUUUUGAAAUAAUAUAGAGCUUUUAGAAGGUACCAUUAUAUACACGCAACCUUAAACCACACAAUAUAAGUAUUAAUAAUUCUUUUAUUUAUGUUAUCGAUCUCGUGUGAGCUUUGUCCUAUUGCAAUGUACAGCAAAAUUUCAGAAUUCUGUUAAUUUAUGUUCACUUUAGUAAUGGCAUUCGUUUACAAUUGUUGCUUUUGGUUUUCUCUUCGACUUGGCGGUAUUAUAAUUGGUAUAUUUUCUUUGAUGCAAGGAUUAAUUGUAUUGGCAGCAUUUUGCGUAGCACAUACCCGGGUGCCAGAGGUACAGGAGGAAAUCGGGCAUCUGAUCAACAGUAUGAACCUCAUGUUUACAAAAGAUUACUUGGAAAAUGUUAGAGCAGAUCCUGAAAAAAGCAUUACCUUGGGUAUAUGCUUGUCAUGUCUUUAUAUGCUCCUAUGUGUUUUAUAUAUUUAUGGAGCUUACACAUGUAACAAUCUUCUGAUGUUUGGAUACAUAUUGGUGGAACUUAUGAGGCUAGUAGCGCUGUCGGUGCUGGUGGCGUCUUGGCUGCUGGUGCUCAAGCAGAAUACCAUGGAUAUCGGGCUCCUCAUUGGAGCCAGCGUUGGGUGUGGCUUCUUUCUUUUGGGCAUGUUCUAUUUGUGGGUGUGCGCAGCCAAUCUGCCAGUCCUGAUAAAUGAGAUGGAGCGUGAUGAGCAAGCAGCUACCAUAGAGAGACUGCGACGAAUUCUUCAGGAGAAUCCGAAGGCGACGGGGCGAGGAUCCGACGGGUAUAGGAGGGAGGAUUCAUAUCGUGAUGUAUUUAUAGUGCAGAGAAAGGGAAUCGACCCAGGGAGACAGUUUCAUGCGGGUUCGAGGGUGUCAGUGCCGUAUUAUCGCUAAACUUUAUUAUUCAUAAAAUUAUUUACUACUUCUAUCUAUA